AUGCUGAUCUUGCUGCAGCUGAGCUUAUUCAACAACGUCAAAGGCUCGUUUCCGCCAGGCACUGUGCUGGAUAUCAAACUAGGCAAUGUGGUCAUAGAACAAUUCAGCUAUAUACCCACACGCGAGGGUUAUCAGUACGGUUAUACGCUGCCAAGCGGUGUACAUCGUGACGAGGUGGGUCUCUUACUCAACGAUCGUUCCACGCCCGAAGAUCUUCAAAAUGCCACCAAUUUUGAUCGCAACGCACGACCCUCCAGACGUCCGGGUCUUAAGAACCGAAAGUUAUCACCCAAAUCGCUAUCAUCACUCGCAGGCUAA